UGCGUAGAAUAUCACAAGUUGAUAUAAUUCCAUGCUCUCUUGCAAUUUAAGAAAUUGAUGAAUUCACUUAUAGUCAACUCAGAGCCAGAUCUGAAAGAUAAUCAUGGAGUAGCACUUCGUAUAAUUUAACCUGAUUGGGGAGAAAAGAACAAGAGCAGCUAGAGAGAUUGGCGAUAGCGUAUUAAUUAUACAACUGUUUCGGUCUUCCCCUCCUGCAGCAGCCACAAAUCUUCGAAAGAAACAUUUGACCUUCGACCUCCUGUCUGCUAGUUGGGUCGAAAUCGAACUAGCUGGUGGAUCCAUGUGGCCGGAGAGCCCGCUUCUCCGGGAUGCCGGCGCCGCCGUGCUCACCGCAGGCGCUGCCAUGGCGGUACUCCGCUUGUGGGAGGAGGUCGGCAACCGCGCCCUCCUGGACCAAAAACUCUGCAGGAAACUGGUGCACAUAAGCGUUGGGCUGGUAUAUUUCCUUAUGUGGCCUUUGUUCAGUGCAGAUGAUGUUUAUGCUCCGUUUCUUGCUUCACUGGUCAUUGUUCUCAACAUCAUAAAGGUGACCUUGAUUGGACUUGGUGUAGUUAAAGAUGAUGGCGUGGUUAACUCAAUGACAAGAAACGGAGACCAUAGAGAGCUUCUUAGAGGCCCACUGUAUUACGCAUGUGCUAUAACUCUCACUACUAUAAUCUUUUGGAGGACGUCUCCCAUUUCGAUUGCUGUCAUUUGCAAUUUGUGUGCUGGCGACGGUGUUGCUGACAUAGCCGGGAGGCGAUUUGGGCACAAGAAGCUCCCUUACAAUCCUGACAAAUCCUACGCCGGAACCAUUGCAAUGUUCACCGCCGGUUUCCUUGCAUCGAUCGUUUACAUGUGCUACUUCCAUCUCUUUGGGUUCGUCGAGCAGACCUGGAUCAUGGUCGCGGCAUUCGGCAUCACGUCGCUCGCCGCAGCGAUUGUCGAGUCACUCCCGGUUAGCACUCGCUUGGACGAUAACCUGACGGCUCCAAUCGCCUCUUUACUCAUUGGCGGACUGGUUUUCUACUAUAUUGGUGGUGGUGGCGGCGGUGCCACAGGUGGCGAUAGGAGCAGCAUCUUUGCAAUGGUUGAGAUGGUCUUCGCAGGAAGUAGCUAGUACAGGGGGAAUUGGAAGGCUUUAAUUGUGUUGACACUGCAAUGAGUUGCAAAUUGCUGAGAUGGCCUUUGCAAGGCUGUUUACUGAGUGUUGGUUUAAUCCGGUUUGUGUAUCUUAAACAGAGUUAUGGACUAAAUUGUGUAAGCAGCAUUUCAUUUGGAAGAGCAUUGCCCAGCAACAUAUCUCA